GGCGGGGAGGCCUCGGGGCCGCGCCACGUCCCCCGAGCGGCCGCUGCAGGCCGGGGGCUUUUGUGUCCGCGGAGGCCGCGUCUCCCCCGCGCGCGGGCGGAGCGCAGCGCAGCGCGGCCCAGGGCGCGCGUCUUCUCCCGGCCGGGCGCGGGCGCCGCCCCCAGGCCGCGGCCCUGAGCUCGGCGGAGCCCAGCUGAGCCCCGCGAGCGCACGGAGCCCCGAGGCCUCCGCUGCCUCCUAAACUUUUCAAAGUCCGCCCGCGGCCCGGCCGGCCUGAGCUCCGAGCUCGGCCGGGAGGGCUCCAGGGACCAAGAGGAGGACCCGGAGGACCAGGAGGAGGACCCAGAGGAGGAGGGGCCGCCGCAUCAAAGACACCGGCUUCCCGCGGCCCGGGGGCGAGCCAUGCGCGGCGGUCGGUAAUGUCAGCGGAACAGGACAAGGAGCCCAUCGCGCUGAAGAGAGUUAGAGGUGGUGACAGUGGACUGGAUGGGUUAGGAGGGCCCAAUAUACAACUAGGAAGCCCAGAUAAGAAAAAACGCAAGGCCAGCACACAGGGACCUUCCUUUCCUCCGUUGUCUGAGUAUGCACCACCACCAAAUCCAAACUCUGACCAUCUAGUGGCUGCCAAUCCGUUUGAUGACAGCUACAACACUAUUUCCUAUAAACCACUGCCUUCAUCUAAUCCAUAUCUUAGCCCUGGGUAUCCUGGCUUCGGAGGCUACAGCACGUUCAGAAUGCCACCCCACGUCCCUCCAAGAAUGUCCUCUCCCUACUGUGGUCCUUACUCACUCAGGAAUCAGCCACACCCAUUUCCUCAGAAUCCUUUGGGCAUGGGCUUUAACCGGCCUCAUGCCUUUAACUUUGGGCCACAUGAUAAUUCAAAUUUUGGAAACCCACCUUAUAAUAAUGUACUGACUCAGGACAUUAACAUGGCUGCUCAGCAUUUUAGACAAGGCUCUGCUGAAAACUUCAAUCAGAUUCCCCCGCAGAGUGUUGGCCAAGUAUCUAACCCUGACCUGGCAUCUAAUUUUGCCCCUGUAAAUAAUUCAAAUUUUACCUCUCCGAUAGAAUCAAAUCAUUCAUUUAUUCCACCCCCAAACGCGUUUGGUCAAGCAAAAGCUCCAGUUCCCAAACAAGACUUCACUCAAGGGGCAACCAAAACCACGAAUCAGAAUUCUUCCACUCACCCACCUCACUUAAAUACGGAGGAUCCAGUCAACCGGAGUAACGUCGAGUUAAAAAAUGUCAACCGAAACAACAUUGUCCAAGAGAACAGCCGUUCGGGCAGCGCAGAGGCCACCAACAACCAUGCCAAUGGGACCCAGAACAAGCCCCGGCAGCCCAGGGGCACGGCUGACCUGUGCACCACCGACAAAAGCCGCAAGUUCUCCCUGCACCCCAGCCGGCAUGGCCAUUCAUCCUCUGACCCUGUGUACCCGUGCGGGAUUUGUACAAAUGAAGUGAAUGACGAUCAGGACGCCAUCCUGUGUGAGGCCUCUUGUCAGAAAUGGUUUCAUCGCAUCUGCACUGGGAUGACGGAGACAGCCUAUGGACUCCUGACAGCUGAAGCGUCUGCAGUAUGGGGUUGUGACACGUGCAUGGCUGACAAGGAUGUCCAGCUGAUGCGCACUCGAGAGGCCUUUGGUCCACCUGCCAUGGGCGGCGAUGCCUAAGCAUGGCUGUCAGCUAACGUUGGUUCAUUAUUCCGUGUAGAACAGAGAUUUGGUGACAUGGGAUUUUAAUGUUUGACAUUAUUUUUUUAAAGGCACACACAAAAAUAUUGCAUUUUAGUUCUUACUAACAAUGCUUCAUUUUAUUGUUUUUGUUUGUUGUCUUAAAAUGAGAUUAAUGUGGGGGGUUGUUGUAGAGACAACACUUAUAAAUAAAUGUUCAUUGUUAUUUAUCAUAAACAUAAAAGCCUCUUGAAGUUUCAAAGUAAUAUAUGACAAAAAUAGGCAGGUUGUAACUUUUAAAAGUUAGAGUCAUUGAAAAAUGUAUAUUUCAGUGCUAAACUUUGACCGUGUGAACGUACAUAUUUGGUUCAAGAGAAGACCAAUUUAAAAUGUUCUCUGAAUACAAUCUGUGCGGGGAUAACAUAAGGGGAUGCGUAUCUUUAAUGGAUUUUAAAUGUUUUUUUUUCUUAUUGUUAGAAUUUAACACCUGAUUCUUCCUCUGUGAGGGUCUUUGAAAUAUGUGAAUUUCACUGUUCAAAUCAGUCUUUCCAGGAUAUCUAUGUAGGUACAAGACAGACACUAGUCAUGGCAUAUAGUCUAUUCCAAGUAGUAGUUGCUAAUUAACUGGUGGGUUGUCCCACAUGACAUUGCUAAUAUCAACUCGCCGAUUUUAGUAAGGUUGGCAUAACACAUGUUUCCACUUGUGUCGUUUAGAAUUAUGCUGGCAUUAUGUUCUCAAUUUUUAAAUUAUUCUUAUUUCUAUUAAUGUUCUCCACAUAAUAAUGCAGUGUCUUCAGAAUUGUGAAAACUUUCUUCCACGUGCUUCUAAACUGGGACAGCUUGCAAAGAGAGGGAGAGAAGUGGUGGUGUGGUCUUAUAGGGCUCUGCUGCUCUGAGAGCUAAGCACUGGUGGUUGGAGGAAUGUUCUAGAGAUCUGAGUCUGUAAGAUGAACCUCGGGGAAGUUCAAAUGUUUAAGUAAAGGCUGGUGAAGAGCCUAGGCCAAAGCUUCUUUGGGGCUGUGCUUCAGGCUUAGUGGCUUCUGCUAUAACUGGAGACAGUGUGAGAAGGCACCUGAGAGGACCUUACCUCCAGAGGGAUGCUCUAAGAUCCUCUGAAAUGACACACAGAUGUGUUAGGAGAAGAUCAUAACCUGUGACUUUAAUAAACAGUGUCUAUGACAGUAGGUAGCAAUUUAGACAAUGGUGGGGUAUUGAUGACCAUCCCUAAUAAUGUUUUGACAUUCAUUAUCAGUGUGACCAUAAAAAGUUCUGAAUGUGGGACUGGUGGCCUGGCACUGUAUACAGGAUCCUCCGCUGCUCUUGCAGAGGACCUGGGUUCAGUUCCCAGAAGCCACAGUAGUCAACUUUAACCACCUGUAUCUCUCUCCAGUUUGGAGAAUCUGAUUCCCUCUGUUGGACUUUAUAGGCACUGCACACACAAAGUGCACAUACAUGUUUGUGCAUGCACAGAUACACAAACCAUAAAAACAUCUUAAAACGUAAUAAUCAAAAUUACUGAAAAUUAAAGAGAUUAAAAUGUAAAAGCUCUGAACACUAUGCUGCUCUUAAAGAGGAUAAUUGCUACAGUAAGCUUGAAGGGAAGGGAACCCGAGACAGCAGCAACAUGUUAUCAAGAAACUUAAAAGAAUGUGAAGAUUUUUAACGGAAGGGCUAGAGAGAUGGCCCAGCAGUUAAGGGAAUAGCUGAUUUUUCUGAAGGGCCAGAGUUUGAUUCCCAGCAGCACCCAUGUGGCAGUUCACAACCAUCAUUAACUCCAGUUCCAGAAGAUCCUGUACUAUCUUCUGGCCUCCUUGUGUGGCACGCAGGCAUACAUGCAGACAAAACACAAAUAAAUAAAAAGAUAUUUUUGACUUAAAAAAAUCUUUUUGUUAACAGAAACCAGACAUCGACACUGUAGGCUCGUACCUCAUGUGUGUCACAGGUCUCAAUGCACUGAAUCACAGUUGACUGAUGAGCCAUGAGCCUUGUCAUCCACCCUCAUCCCGAGACCAUUAUUUAAUGGAAGGUUAGCUUUUUGCCAUCUGGGCCUAUUUUCUAGGAAACAGCAUGUUCCAAUUAAGAAGUAGUAACUAUAGGAUUUGAAUAAUUUUCACAGUUGACAAAAUGGUGAAUUGUGUGAAUAUUAGAAAUCUGAUACCCUGUUGGUAGAAAACAGUGUUUCUGAUGUAGAUUAUUAUUGACUUAAAC